AAAGUUUAAUUACGAUUAAGUAGGUAAUAAGGUAAAUAAAAUUUAUUUAAGACACAGAUGAUUCAAAAUGAGUCUCCAAAUUAUUAUUCCUAUAGUUAGCUUUUUAGUUUUCUCAACUAGCGCUAGCUAAUUUGACAUUUGACAGUCGUGGUGGAGAUGAUGGAAGUAUUUUUUGUGUAAUAGAAAAAAGUAGAAAUUUAACCAAAAUUAAAGUUGGAGUAAACAAUUUAAUUUUAGUUAAGAAUAAAACAAUAUACUUUAGAUCAAUACGCAACAUGUCCACAAACUCAAGUCCAACACAUUACACCGAUGAUGCAUUUGUCAGUGAUGUUAAUUUCAAAGUAGGAAUUAAUCAAAAAAUGAAGGUUCCUGACAGAAUAACCUUUUCAUCAGAUAUAAACGGCGAUAGUAGAGGCUCUUGGACAGGGGAUAAUUUAGAUAUGAAUGUACCAGAACGGAUAUUGGUAGCAGGACAGCAUCAGCAUGUUGGUACUAGAGCUCCACCUCGUGAAAUAGUUUUUGAUAAUUCUAUUAUCCCUACAGAACCUUAUUCUUAUGACUUACCUCGUGUGGCUACUCCACCACGAACCCUUACUUUGGACAAAUAUCCUUUUCCAGGUGUAGACGAAUAUGAAGAUCCCUAUGUCGAAGAAGACCAAUUGCCUGUAGUCAAGACUGCUCCAAAAAUCAGAAUGAAUGAUGUCAGUUUCCAUUUAGGCAAUCAAUUUAAUGAUUCAUCAACUCAGUUAUAUGCAGGGGAGGGUCUAACUCCUGCUGAAGAAGUGAUACACUUAAGAAGACAGAUGGCUAAGUUAAAUAGAAGAAUUAUGGCUUUAGAAUUAGAAAAUAUUAAUAGAUUACAAAAAGAAAAAAUUGUUGUUGGUUUUGGAAUUGCAUAUUUUCUAUUGAAAGUUAUCAUUUGGAUGAAUAGGAAUUAAAUCAUUUUCUAUUUACAAUAUUCUGUAGAAUGUAUUUGAUGAGUUCUAGUGAUCCUUCAAGUAUUGACAAAAAAUUAGAUGGAAUUAAAUUUGGUCAUAAGAAACCAUAGUGGGUGUUCAUCGUUUGUUGUUCGGCAUAUUCAAAUGAAAAGAUUUUCAGUACUACUUGAUAUUUGUACUUGAUUGUCAAAAUAUAAAUUGGUUGAAAAAAUUGUUGUUUUUUAGAGAGCACAAGAGGAUAAUUAAGCAAUUUGUGUAGGUUUAAAGUAAUUAAUACUUACAAAAAAUCUUCAGAACUGCCAAUUGAAAGGUUCCUAUGGCAACAAAAUUAUUUUCAAAAAUUAGAACUGAUUGGAUAAUCCUGAGUGAUGAUAUGACACAUGUUGUAAUGACUAAAUUGUCAUUUUUUAGACUAAUCAACAACAGUUUUUCUUUAGUCUUUGAAGACUGGGUAUCUAAACGAGAGUCACACAAUGUAAUUGUAUGGAAAGCUGUGUAAUACCUCACAUUCAAAGAGCUAUUAUCUUAGAGAAUUUUAGUUAUCUUCAGUCUCUGAAGAUUAUAACUUGAUUAUAAAAACGAGCGUCAAUGUUCUGUGGUAAAUGUGAUGAUGCAUCUGAAUAAAUUUUAAAUUUGGUCAGAAAAAUUUUAUAAUUCAUAGUUGAUUUUGCAUAUAGACAAAAAAAUUGAUUGAGGUGUUUUAGGCGAAUGAUGACUUUAGAUAGGAAGCUAAACUGCAAGUAAUAUUUUUUUACUAUCUAGUUUUUUGAAAAUAUUUAAAGAGGGAUAAAUCUAGAACUUGGGUAGUUUUAUGCAUCAUAUAUUUUUUAAUGAUACGAUUAGUAUUACCAUAUAAUAUAUUAUCAAAUGACUGUAAUUUAAUUUAUUUCUAUUUGUUGAAUUAUUACCAAAAAAAUUUGUAAAAUGAUUUUCAACUGUAUCCAUAUUAAUAUAUUUGAAAUUUUUUCAAUAAAUUGUUACCUUGA